AUAGAGAUUAAGGAUAUUAUGAAAUAUUAUAACACACCAAUUAAUGUGCCAUUUAAAAAUCAAAAUCCUUUCAAUGGUCGGAAACCUGGUGCUAAAGUAGAUGCAAUAAUUGGCUAUUGA